GCGGAAGUACAGAUCCGUUGUUUUGCUAAUCGGUAGCUCGGAUGCUAGCAGCGAUAGCCGUUUCAUAUUAAAUUACAUACGUAACUAUAAACACUGAAACAGCACUCAUGGUCAGGAUGACCCAGAAACACUGCCUGGAGGGCCAGGUGUACUCAGUGCCUCUCAUCCAGCCCGACCUGAGGAGAGAGGAGGCUGUCCAUCAGAUAGCAGAUGCAUUACUAUACUUGGAGACCAUCUCUACAGAUAUUUUCAAAAGGGUGUCAGACAGUGUAGAGAAGAACCGCCGGCAGCUGCAGACCGUCACUGACCGGAUCAGGCUGGCUCAGGCCCGAGUCGACAAGAUCAAAGGCAGUAAGAAGGCCACCAAGGUUUUCUCAAGUGCCAAGUACCCAGCCCCAGAUCGACUUCAGGAUUACACAUCUAUCUUUACUGAAGCUAUAGACCCCUCCUCACAAACUCGCCCCCGACACAGGAUACAGAAUAAACUUCGACCCUUUGAUGAGAAGGCUUUGCAGGAGAAAUUGAUGUAUUUCCCAGUGUGUGUGAGCAAGAAGAAGAAGUCUGAGGAUGAGACAGAAGAGGGGCUGGGCAGUCUGCCACGAAACAUCUCCUCCGUCAGCUCCCUGUUGCUUUUUAAUACCACAGAGAACUUAUAUAAGAAGUAUGUGUUCCUUGAUCCUCUGGCGGGAGCAGUGACAAAAACACACACAACACUGGAAACAGAAAAAGAAGAUAAGCCGUUCGACGCACCGCUGUCCAUCACGAAGAGAGAGCAGCUGGAGAGACAGACAGCAGAGUCUUAUUUCUAUGUGCCAGACCUGGGCCAGGUUCCCGAGAUAGACGUGCCAUCCUACCUGCCCGACCUGCCAGGCAUCGCAGACGACCUGUCCUACAGCGCAGACCUCGGGCCCGGCUUUGCCCCGUCAGGACCCACACAAAACAUCCCUGAUCUGCCCUCCUUCUCUGAGGAGAGCGACGCACAUGGAUUUCACCUUCAACCUAAUGUUCCACCUCCUCCACCACCUCCCCCUCCUCCUGAGCCUGCCCUCGCUCCAGCUAUUCCUGCAGGAGCUCCCCCCCCUCCUCCUCCACCUCCACCACCCCCCCCUCCUGUUGAAAGCCCCCCAGAAGUCUCUCAAGCGCCAAGUUCAGGCCCUGUAGCUGGUGCUCCCUCCAAGGUGGUUGAGCCGUCAGACGGACGUGCAAAUCUCCUUGAGUCCAUCCGCAACGCCGGAGGCAUCGGCAAAGCCAAGUUACGCGACAUUAAAGAGCGCAAGAUGGAGAAGAAGAAGCAGAAAGAGCAAGAGCAAGCGGUGGCAGCGGCAUCUGGCGGUGGAGACUUUAUGUCGGAUCUCUUCAAUAAACUUGCCAUGCGAAGGAAAGGCAUCUCUGGUAAGGGGCCAGCAGGCGGGGAGUCAAGUGACGCACCCGCUGGGGCCGGCGGUGCAUUUGCCAGGAUGUCAGAUGUCAUCCCACCACUUCCUUCCCCACAUACAACCACAGAUGAUGAUGACUGGGAAGCAUAACAUGAAGAACACUGAACGCUGAUAAUGAAAACAUUUGAUUGUCAAAUCUGUACAAAGGUCUUACAUUUUCCUCCUAUCACUUGUUUUUCACAAUUUGAUGAAAAGUUGCCCAUUGCUAACAGAAGCCUUGAGUGUAAAAUGGGCAAUAAUUGGCUUCAUAAUGAUAAGUGCAUUGAUUUGUCUGCGGAAAACAAAACUAACACUACUAAAUAAAAAGGUGUUUAUUGAUCAUGUUCAUUGUAAAACCUUUUCAUAAAAUGAAUUAGUGGAUGCUCUUAAAGUCAAUCGACCCAUAACACCAACAUCUUAACAUUCAAUAAAUGUAACCUUUGCAUUGCAUAACACUUGAAAUGGAGUUUAAAUUUUAUAUACUUUUACUAACAUUUAAUAAACUGAAUGUUUGCAUUACGUAAUAUUUAACAUUGACGCUUUAAAUAUUCAAAGCUGAAUUCAAGACAUUGAAGGACUGAAAUACC